AUGGAGCCUGGAAAACUUAGAUCAUUUCUGAGCAAGCGAGGCAUAAGAGGACCUCAGCCGACCCUUUUGCUCGGAAACAUUUUGGAAAUCAAGAAAGCCUGUUCCAUCACGGCGAAUGCUCCUCCGUUGCGUGGUACUGUUCCGAACAAACACGACUGCGCGACAGCCAUCUUCCCCUUCUUCCAAGACUGGCUGAAGAAAUAUGGUGAUGUGUUCAUGUUUUCUAUGGGAAAUACACAAGUUUUAGUUGUUACUAGACAAGAGAUUGCGAAAGAGAUUACGACUUGCACGUCACUGAAUUUUGGGAAACCUUCCUAUCAAGCCAAAGAGCAUAGUACUCUUCUUGCGGAUAGCAUUGCGACGACCAAUGGGACUCAAUGGGCUCAUCAGCGCAAAGUCAUCGCACCCGAAUUGUUCAUGGACAAGGUUAAGGGAAUGAGGAAGCUAAUUCAGGAGUCCGCAAUGACAAUUGUGAACUCGUGGAACAAAAUGAUUGAGAAGAAAGGUGGGAUUGCAUAUAUAAAAGUUGACCCUUACAUGAGGCGUUUCUCAGGGGAUGUAAUAUCGAAGGCGUGUUUUGGAACCAGUUACUCCUUCCGUCCUAUAAUAAUUAGGGAGUAUAUCUUCUCCAAACUCAAUUCACUUGUGGAAGUCACUUCUAAAAAGAAUUUGGCCAUGGGUAUUCCCGGGAUGAGGCAUCUUCCAACAAAAAGCAAUAGGAAAGCUUGGGCGCUAGCCAGGGAGAUCAAAGAACUAAUUCUGAAUGUGGUUAAGGAAAGAACCGAAGCUGGAUACGAGAAAGAUCUACUCCAAGCCGUGUUGGAAACUGCCAAAAAGGAGGAAUUCAUUAGCAGCCACGGCGCACGUGAUCGAUUCAUCGUCGACAACUGCAAAACCAUUUACUUUGUCGGGUACGAAAGUACUGCUAUUUCAGCCACUUGGUGUCUCAUGCUCUUGGCCGCCUACCCGGAGUGGCAGGAACGGGUCCGAUCCGAGGUUGUCGAGGCUUGUCGUGGCCAAGUUCUUGACGCCGAAUCCAUUCGCAGAAUGAAAUCGUUGACCAUGGUGAUUAACGAGUCAUUGCGAUUAUAUCCGCUAGUGACAGUUAUGUCAAGGGAAGUUUUUGAAGACAUGAAAUUUGGCGACAUUGCGAUACCAAAAGGGGUCACUAUGUGGGCAUUUGUGUUGGCUUUACACACUGAUCCUGAUAUUUGGGGAAAUGAUUCUUAUGAAUUCAACCCGCAAAGGUUUGCUGAUGGUGCUGCCAAGGCUUGCAAGUAUCCAUAG